GUCUUUCCUCUCCACCGCAGUAAGGUAUAAUCUUACUCCAAGAUCACCACCAUAACACUAGCUCAGCUCAGCUCCUCCAUUAAAGCAACUCCGAAUCGAAACCAAACAAUCCAAAGUCCGCUGCAAUGCACGCCAAGACCGACUCCGAGGUGACCAGCCUCGCGCCGUCGUCCCCCACCAGAUCCCCAGGCCGCCGCCCAGUCUACUACGUCCAGAGCCCCUCGCGCGACUCCCACGAUGGAGAGAAAACCACGACGUCUUUUCAGUCCACCCCCGUCAUCAGUCCCUCCGGCUCCCCUCCCCACUCCCACUCCUCCAACGGCCGCCACUCCCGCGAGUCCUCCUCCACCCGGUUCUCCGGGUCCCUCAAAUCCGGAUCCCGAAAGAUCAACCCCAAUGACGGGUCCCGCCACAACCGGAAGGGACAGAGGCCGUGGAAGGAGCAAGCCGUCAUCGAAGAGGAAGGCCUUCUGGAGGGAGAAGAGGGAUCCAAAGGCUUCCCACGGCGGUGCUACUUUCCAGCUUUCGUUCUCGGUUUCUUCCUCCUCUUCUCCAUGUUCGCUCUGAUUCUCUGGGGCGCCAGUAGGCCCAUGAAGCCCAAGAUCACCAUGAAGAGUGUGACGUUCGAACAGUUCAAGAUUCAAGCGGGUUCGGAUUCCACCGGCGUUUCCACUGAUAUGAUCUCAGUCAAUUCCACAGUGAAGUUCACAUUCCGCAACACCGGCACGUUCUUCGGAAUGCACGUAAUGCCGAAGCCUCUAGAUCUAUCAUACUUCCAAAUCACAAUCGCCUCCGGUCCAAUUAAAAAGUUUUAUCAAUCGAGGAAGAGUCAAAGAUCGAUCAGCGUUCGGGUAUUUAGCGAUAAAAUACCGCUGUACGGAAGCGGCGCGAGCAUGAACAGCGUGACGGGGACGACGGCGCUGCCGGUGCCGCUGCAGCUGAGCUUCGUGAUCCGAUCCAGAGCCUACGUUUUGGGGAAGUUGGUGAAGCCGAAAUUCAACCGACGGGUUGAUUGUUCUGUGACUUUUGAUCCCAAGAAGCUCAACGUUCCGAUCAAGCUCACGAACUGCACCACUAGUUGAUCGACAUAGGAGGAGGAAGCACACGAAAUUCGUUAAAAAUUAUUCUUUUUCUUUGUUUUCGUUGAAGAGGACAAGUGGUGGGACAACUCAGCGGGCAGACUCUGAGGGAGGAAAAGGAAACACGGUUUGGGACUUUUGGUCUGCCCGAGUGCCCAAGAUGAAUGUUGAUUUUCAGGUUGUAUUACUACUUACUAUAUUCACACAUUCUCUCUCUUAUUUAUUUAUUCAUUUUUAUUUUCAUUUUAUUGUAAUUGAAAAAGUAUGAAAUUAUUGUAAUUCGUAAUUUUUUUUUUC